AUGGCCGCUGUACUAGAGGCCGGCUUGCCAGGAUUGGGUAUAGAUUGCGAUAACGAUCUUGUGAGCUAUCUUCUCGACCUUCUUGAGGGUGAAGGUGUAGAUGUGUGUGCUGAGUGGCUAGAAAGUGCGGCUACAGUCCCCGAUACCGGGGCAGCGCGCAAGCUGGCUGAGGCUGCCUUUUCAUCGCUAAAUGCUGGAGGUUCUGUUGUUUCAACUUCUGUCACUGCCGUUGGCGACCCCUUGGAGGGCCUGGACCUAGCACUGACUUCCGCAAAAGCUUCCAGCGAAGUGUCACAUACUAAUUCAUUGAACUCCAAUUUAUGGCAGCAUAAUGGUGAAUUGGAUAAAGACGUUCGGCGUGAGAUUGUACAGCGGUAUGCCUGCAUCGAACUGCAAACUGUCCACUUGGGAGAAGACGGCCAAGUGUGCUCUAGUGGAGUUGCGUUGCGGGACCUGGAGGAGGAUGUAGUCAUCCCUGUGAACGACAAUGCUGCAAGGGUACGUCAGGAACAACAGGAACGUCGUCUAUCACAGAAACAGCAACAUCUGGAGGCCCAGGCAAAGCAACAACAACAAAAGUUGAAACAGCAACAACGUGAAGAAAAGGAACGUUUACGUUGCCAAAAGAAGGAGCGUCAAAAAUAG